AUGGAUACAAAAGCAGUUCUUCCGUCUCACCGCACACAUAAUGGUGGCCAUACCGACAUACCAUCGAGGAAAAGAGCUAACAUGUGGUAUCGGGUCCUUCUUUCACUUACCUUUCUAACCAUAUUGUAUUUUGCGGGUAGAAAGGCUAUAUGGGUUGCACUUUAUCGCAGGUCUCCUGUGCCUUCAGUGGAGGACGUCCUUCGCUCAGCUCCCCUUACAGAUGGGCAUAAUGACUUUCCAAUCUGGAUUCGAGCCUUCUACCAAAAUCAUCUCUACCAACGCAACUUUACGGGUGACGUUCCGCUGUUUGGCCAAGUAGACUUCCCCCGCCUUACUGAAGGGGGCCUUCGUGGUCAGUUCUGGAGUGUGUAUGUUGAAUGUCCCACGAUCAAAGACACAUACUCCGAUGAAGUCUACUUCGAAGGAGGCCGUGAUACCUUGCAGCAGAUUGACCUCGUUAACCGCUUGGUGAAGGCAAACCCCGAUCAUCUAGAGCUUGUCCACUCUACUGCGGAAUUUCGCCGUGUUUUUUCUCAAACCGCUCGCAUUGCAAGCUUCAUGGGAAUUGAAGGGCUUCAUCAGAUUGUGAAUAGCGCAAGCAUCUUGCGACUGUAUCAUCAACUUGGCGUGCGCUACGCAACUCUCACACAUGAGUGUCAUAAUGCUUAUGCAGAUAGUGCCACGCCGGCCAAACCGCUCCAUAAUGGUCUCUCGGAUGCCGGAAAGGCACUCAUCCGUGAAAUGAACCGGGUUGGAAUGGCUGUUGACCUUGCACAUGUUAGCUAUAAAACCAUGUUGGAUGCGUUGAAAAUAAGCCAAGCCCCUGUGAUGUUCUCGCAUUCUUCGAUAUAUGCUAUAUGCGCCCACGAGAGAAAUGUACCGGAUGACAUCCUGCAGAAGCUCAAGGUAAACAAGGGUAUUGUGAUGAUUAGCUUUUACCCCGAGUAUACUAGAUGCGAUGACCCAGCAGCUGCAAACAUUACGGAUGUGGCAAACCACAUCCAAUAUGCUGGAGAGCUGAUCGGAUACGAACAUGUUGGGCUCGGCUCCGAUUUCGACGGAAUGCCAAAAGGAAUCGUCGGCCUUGAGGACGUGAGCAAGUAUCCUGACUUGAUUGCCGAAUUAUUGCGCCGCGGCGUCACGGUUAAGCAGCUUUCUGGGGUUAUUGGGGGUAACGUAUUGCGGGUUAUGGAGGAUAUUGAAAAGGUUGCUGCACAAAUGACCAAUGAAUUGCCUUUGGAGGACAAUGUCAAGCCAUUUUUUGGCUAA